AUGCAGCAUCAUCCCCACCACGCCCAGCAGGGUCCUCCACCGCAUCACCUCCAGCAGGCUCGACCCUCGAGCAUUGUACAUCAACAUCACCAGCAGCAAGCCCCUCCUCCUCAACCACAUCACUCGAAUCCAUACCAGGCUCCCACUCACGGUCUGCCUCAAUAUCCCCAAAGCGCGCCUAGCCAAGGAGGACAACCUUCCCACGAGCUGCCAUACUACGCGACACAAGCAGCUCCGAGUCCAUAUAGCACACCAAGCGCGUCGGGAACAUACUCAUCUGCAGGUAAGCAGUCGCACAUCGGAACGCGCUUGUAUUGGAAUUCAACAGCUAACCAACUAAGCAGAUACCCCCGACAUUAUGGCGGCAACACAAAUGUCGCGUCCAUACCCCCCAAUAUCCUAUCACACCCCACAAUCGAACUCUCCUGCGUCAGUUGCUUCUCCAUCUGCACACGACCAGCGCCAUAUGUAUGCUGCGCCAGGUUCGCAAUUACAACAGAAUCCGCAGAUGUAUUACGCGGGUCCUCAGCAACAACAGUACCCUCCGCCCAUGGCACCGCAGACUGGGCCAUCUCCUUACGCGCCGCAUCCACAACAACAGCAGCAUCACCCAUCGAUGACUUCGCAACCAAACCUUCUUAUGUCACAAACUCCGGGCCAACACCAGAUGCAGCAGCAUCCGCAACACCAUCCACAGCAACAAGGGAUAACGGCAGCCCGAGACCGAAGAUGGAGCCACAUGUGCCACAAAUGACGCGACCAGCCGCUCCUCUGGGGCCCCCGCAACAGCAUCCUGCAAAUGGAGCACAAAUGCAGCAAAAUAAUGUUCCAGGCGGCGCUGGUGUAAAUCCAAAUGCUGCGCCAGGCCCGAUUCCAGCGACAACUCCCUUGGUUGUCCGGCAAGAUAACAAUGGCGUUCAAUGGAUCGCUUUCGAAUAUUCACGAGACCGCGUGAAGAUGGAAUACACCAUCAGAUGUGACGUGGAAUCAGUCAAUGUUGACACUUUAAGUCCUGAGUUUAAAACGGAGAACUGUGUUUAUCCACGCGCUUGUUGCAGCAAGGAUCAGUACCGAGGAAACCGCCUCGUGUACGAAACGGAGUGUAACACUGUCGGUUGGGCUCUGGCCGAGUUAAAUCCAUGUCUGCGUGGAAAAAGAGGAUUAAUCCAGAGAGCAGUCGAUUCUUGGAGAAACAGCAAUCAAGACGCGCGAUUGCGGAGUAGACGCGUUCGCAGAAUGGCGAAAAUCAACAACCGUAAGGCUGUUCAGGCGGCUACCCAUACUCCUCACAUGGCUGGCGCUACUGGUCCGCCAGGGAUGCCACCAUCCGGAAACAUGGGUCCAGGUAGUGCGGGUAACAUGGGCAAGCCUAGCUUGAGUGGGAUGGGUGGUGGUCAGCUUCACCACCACCACCAAACCCACCCUGAUGGAAGUACUCAAGGAGAGGAUGUCGAUGACGACGAAUACAUGGACGAAGGCCAUCACCACCACCACCAAGCACCGAAUGGAUCGUCGCCAGGACAACAAAACGGCGAUGUUCGUCAAGCUCACGUCUUUUCGGGCUACCCAGGCUCCUACCCUCCUGAUCCAUCCGUAGGCGGCGCUUCCAUGGCUCCUUCAAUUCACGGCCAACACCAAGCUACGCCACACGCUUCCCACAGCACCCCCAUCGCCGCAUCGCGAUCGCAUGCGAAAUCUCCACUUGACGAGGAUGAACGAAAUGUCCUCUUCGGCGAUAUUCCCGAGGCGAAGAAGCGCAAGUUCAUUCUAGUCGAUGAUCCAGGCAAGGGCAACAGAGUCCGAGUGAGAGUUACACUGGACACAGUCGACAUAAAGGAAAUCCCCGACUCAUUCCGAAAGAAGAACUCUGUUUUCCCCCGUAGCUGGUUCCCGCUUGAGAUGCAGAGUCCGCCACCGAGCGCAAGAGGAAGCCGAUUCUUCGAGACUGACGAUUUUGAUGGUGGUGAUGAGGUUGAGCCGAGUGGAAGCGCGAGAGGUGGUCGACGGGAGAAGGGUCGCAUGGCAGUCAAUGUGCCGCUCACGGAUGGUGGCGAGGGCGAAGUUGAGGUCCCGAAGAUGCGGAAUAGUGUUCGGUCCAAGGAGGUGAAGCUGAAUGAUCUGGGAUAUCGCUUGACCUGGCAUCAGAGCAGAGUCUUUGCGGAUAAGACGGUGUUCUUGCAAAAGGCUUUGGAUGCCUACCGCGCCAAAGUCCUUGAUUCGAUGCAAGGCGCUGGCAAAGAUAUCGCUGUCGCACCACAUUUCGAAACGAGAGUCGGGAAGCGGAGAUGGAACGAGAGAUCCAAGAGAGGGAAGCGGGAGGAUUCUACUUGA